AUGCGUCUCGUAUACUACGUAGGUCUCUUUGUGUUAAUAGUUGCACAUGUCCUUACGAGCUGCGGCGCAGCCUCGACCAUUGCGGAUGCAGACCAGAAGAACACAGCGUCUUCAUCUCAGGCCGAUUACAAUGACACGCAUAAAUACCUGCGAAGCGAUGCUGCAAGCACAGCUGCUGAAGUCCACAUGAACUCGGCGAGUGACGAAGAGAGAGGGAUCAUACCAGCAAGUGUGCGUAUAGCACUCAAAAGGCUCGACGCAAAAGAUAUUUCCAUUUACAGGUAA